CCCUCGGCCGCCGCCCCCGCCGCCGCCUGGCGUGUCAGGUGCCGUGAGAAGCGCCGAGGGAUAUGACUGGAGCCGACUUUCCAGAAGCGGCGCACGCAAGGCAUAGCUCCGCACGCAAGGGGGAGGCGACAGCAGAAGAAACUUUUCAACCCGAUAAAGUUCGCAGGCGCGCUUAGAUUGGCCUCCUCCUCCUUUCUUUCCGCCUCCUCCCUCCAGGAAUCUCCAGAGCACCCUCCCUCCCCUCCUCUCCCCAGUGUUCGUCCCGGCUUGGUUCCGGGCUGGGAGCCAAGGGCCUCGGACGCGGCCAGCGCGGCCCCGCGAUCUCCAGUGGGCGGCGCCACCUGGAGGAGCUUCUACGCGGGAAACUUCGGGGCCAGCUGCGGCGCGCCAGUGCUGGCCUUUGUGUGCCAGGGACGGUCGGGGCCCCGGGGCGGGGGAGCAGCGUCUUUCAGGGAUUCUUGAUCUCGCCGCGCAAGGUGGAGGGAGAACUUUGUGCAGCAAAGGGCCUGAUCUGACUGGCCGAUUUAUGUGCAAGAACGUUAAGAUAAAAUAAAAAUAAAACAACGUGGGAUGCUGUAAGGCAAACCGCCACCACAAGCGAGAUUUCCUCGUUUCCAAACUGACGGGUUUCCUUUCCAGGUUCGGGCGCCCAGGGAUCCCGAGCGGUUUUCUCUUGGGGAAGGAAGCUGAAGUCACCGAGAGGGAAGGGAGGUCGGGCUCUCGGGACGUGGAGCGCGUUCUCACCCAGAGCGCAGAGGGCUGCUCAGGUUCUGUCCCGAGCGCGCGUCCUGGGAAACCGUGUGGCCUCGAUCGGGGCUAAUUGUGAAGAGUGGGUUUCAGGGAAACGAAAAUUUCAUUCCACGGCUUCCAGGAAAGCUGCCAGCUACUGCGCCAAGGCCGUCGGGGCAAGCCGGGGGCGCCUCGCGUGACAGCCCUCGCGAGGCGACCCCAAUUGGAGUCCUAGAGACUUGGACCUUCCCGACGCGCCCCGCCCCCCGUAAGCCCCGCCCCUGCCAGGUCCGACUACCUCCUCCCCCAACGCAGACCUUAAAAAAGAAGCGGGAUGGCGCGUUUUGACUCUCCCGAGUGACGGUGUACAAACCCGCCACGCUUCUGCGACGCCAGCUGUCAGAGCCGUGCGGGAGCGGUGAGGGCUGGGAAUAGACUCCAUUCAUCGACCCCCAAUAGCAAUUCCCACGCAGUAAGAAAACCCUGACUUUGCCGAGGCCCCAGGUGCAGCUGGGCUCGGCAAAGGAGGUAUCUUUCUCCAUUCCCAUUCCAAUCCAAGCGUCCCUGGCUCUGACGACGCCUAGAGACUGCAGAGUGGGCGCUAAAGCUCCCAGAGCUGGCAACAGGUGUCCAGCGCGGGCCCCCGACUUCCUGGAGACACUCGGGUUACCGUCUUGAACCCCACAAAGAUCUCAGACGGUUCUCGGAGCCUGGCGCUGCUGGAAACCGCGCCUCCUCGCAGCAUGGCCACCAGCCUUAGCCCGGAGGAUCAUCUGCCGCCGAUCCCUCUGUCUGCCCAGCAGACCACGCUCCUGCUGCUCCUCUCGGUGCUAGCCGCGGUGCACAUGGCCCAGAGGCUCUUGAGGCAGCGGCGGCGGCAGCUGGGGUCCGCGCCCCCGGGUCCUUUCGCAUGGCCUCUUAUCGGAAACGCGGCGUCGAUGGGCCCGGCGCCGCACCUCUCAUUCGCACGCCUGGCGCGGCGCUACGGCGACGUCUUCCAGAUCCGCCUGGGCAACUGGCCGGUGGUGGUGCUGAACGGUGAGCGCGCCAUCCGCCAGGCCCUGCUGCAGCAGGGCGCCGCCUUUGCCGACCGGCCGCCCUUCGCCUCUUUCCGCGUGGUGUCGGGUGGUCGCAGCCUGGCUUUUGGCCAGUACUCGGAGAGCUGGAAGGCGCAGCGGCGCGCGGCGCACAGCACGAUACGAGCCUUCUCCACGCGCCAGCCGCGCGGCCGCCGGAUCCUCGAGGGCCACGUGCUAGCUGAGGCGCGGGAAUUGGUGGCGCUGCUGGUGCGCGGCAGCUCGGGCGGCGCCUUCCUGGACCCGCGGCAGCUGACCAUAGUGGCCGUGGCCAACGUCAUGAGCGCCGUGUGCUUCGGCUGCCGCUACAGUCACGACGACGCCGAGUUCCGCGAGCUGCUCAGCCACAACGAGGAGUUCGGGCGCACAGUGGGAGCGGGCAGCCUGGUGGACGUACUGCCCUGGCUGCAGCGCUUUCCCAACCCCGUGCGCACCGCCUUCCGCGAAUUCCAGCAGCUCAAUCGCAACUUCAGCAACUUUGUCCUCGACAAGUUCCUGAGGCACCGCGAAAGCCUUCGGUCCGGGGCCGCUCCCCGCGACAUGAUGGAUGCCUUAAUCCUCUCGGCGGGAAAGGAGGCGGGCUCGGGCACGGACGUGGCGUACGUGCCGGCCAGCAUCACUGACAUCUUCGGCGCCAGCCAGGACACACUCUCCACCGCGCUGCAGUGGCUGCUUAUCCUCUUCACCAGGUAUCCAGAAGUGCAGACGCGGGUACAGGCGGAACUGGACCAAGUGGUGGGUCGGGACCGCCUGCCCUGCCUGGAUGACCAGCCCCACCUGCCCUACGUCAUGGCCUUUCUUUAUGAAGCCAUGCGCUUCUCUAGCUUUGUGCCAGUCACCAUCCCUCACGCCACCACGGCCAGCGCGUCUGUCUUGGGCUACCACAUCCCCAAGGACACAGUGGUUUUUGUUAACCAGUGGUCCGUGAAUCAUGACCCGGUGAAGUGGUCUAACCCAGAAGACUUUGAUCCAGUCCGAUUCUUGGACAAGGAUGGCUGCAUCAACAAAGACCUGGCCAGCAGCGUGAUGAUUUUUUCAGUGGGCAAACGGCGGUGCAUCGGGGAAGAGCUUUCCAAGAUGCAGCUGUUUCUCUUCAUCUCCAUCCUGGCUCAUGAGUGCAAUUUCAGGGCCAAUCCAGACGAGCCCCCGAACGUGGAUUUUAAUUACGGCCUGACCAUUAAACCCAAGUCAUUCAAAAUCAAUGUCACCCUCAGAGAGUCCAUGGAGCUCCUUGAUCACACUGUGCAAAAGUUACAAGCCGAGGAAGACUGCCACUAAGAAGCCAGAGGCAAGCAGAAAUGUGAUAAGUACUUGGGGGCAUGGGGAGUAAAAUUAGCAUGUUUGUUUGUUUUUUUUUCCUGGCUCCUCAGUUAGCCUCUAAAGUGAGCAUAUACCAACUGACCCGCAGAUAAUGUGCUUCACGCACGUGUCCUCAGAAUGGCACCUCGUGAGUGCUGGGCUGUGCAGAGGCUCUGGGAGAGUUUUGGAGUCAAAGAGUGAAAGGGCCCAAAGAAUUUUUAUACAUACCUAAUGCUGGUAAUAAUAAUUUCUUGAGGGAGCAUUCUUUGGAGUUAAAAAAAACAUGAGCACACAUACAGAACUACCUGAUUUCAGUAGCCACACUGUGCAGGGUGGGAUCCAAAUUUGAUGUUCUGUGUGCACAAGUCAGCUCCAUAGAAAUUUGUAUUAAGCAAAGUUUCAGAAAAUGUUGUUAAAUGCACAAAGGCAAAUAAUUUCAGUGUAAGAUACGUGAUUUGGGGUGAUAAGGGAAAAGGUGAAGACCAGAAAUUCCCUUCUCACCUUUUCAAAGAAACAGCUUAGUUAGACGCUAAUAUCUAUGGGUGGAUUUCUCUUUUUGCUCACUGAUAUUCUUUCUCUUACUUUUUGGGUCAUCAUAGAGUCAUUUGCUUGAGAAGAAAUUAAUAGUAAUUGAUUUAGUGGGUUUCAGUGAUUUAUUAUGAAUUUUUAAGUGAAAAUUGUUUAAUUGUAAACAAUUCCAAGCUGAAACCAUACCUCUCUUGGGUGCCAGAGUACAGAAUUUCAAUUAUGAGCAAAAACAAAAACAAAAAAUUUCUUACCAGCUCAACUAAGCUUUAAAUUAUAUGAUUGUAAUGUACUGAUUUCAGUAACUGUCAUAUGUUAAAAAAAGUCACCGAAUAGUAUUCAAAGUAUAUACAUAUAUUACAUAAUUAUCCAUAAGCAAUUAUAUAUUAGAUACUUUAGUAUUAAGUAGUAUUAGUUAUUUUGGUCAAGUAAAGGUUGAACAAUGUCUUUUAUAAUGUCAUAGCAAAUAAAAAGUACAACCAAUUUAACCAGUUUUGGUUCAAAUACAUGAUAGGAGCUUGAUUAAAUCAGCCACUUAUUUUUGACAUCAUGGAAACCGAGUUGAAGCAGUCUCUUUUCUCAUUCAAAACUUGGAUGAGAAUUGAAAAAAAUCUCAAAAUUGGAUCUGUAAAAUGUGUUCCUUAUCACUUGACAACAUAUAUAUUAAAAUUAUAUUCACAAUACAGAAUCUCUUUGAAAUUGAUCUAGUUAAUAUGUUAUCAUUCCAAACUCUUGGCAUGCUUAAAAUUUAAUUUAAUUUUAAAGCUAUUCUGAUUAUUGCAUUCCAGUUUAAGUUACUGGAAAUCUGACCAUUAGCCUGUGGAAGGCAGAGAGAUUUAACCUAUGUCUGCCGGAUGAAUAGUGAAAAAUGCAAUGAAUUAUCUGGAUGUUCUCUAUUAAAUAAACUAGGGGGCAAUUUCCCAUUAUAAUGGAGUUAGUUUCUCUUUUAAAUGAGUUUUUAAAAGGUAGCAUUGGUGUUUGUGUUUUGGGAAGUGAGAAUCUGUCUUGGGAGGUUGUGUUGAGGAUUGCAUUGUGUUUCAGUGGAGUCAGUCAGAUCAGAUGUACUGCUUGAGAUGGCCAAUGCAGUGAGCAGUCACUUUGGUAAGUGUGAAAACAUAAAGCUUGAACAAAAUGUUGAUGUUCGGUUUAUGUAAAUAACCUGAAAACCUUUUUUAAAAAAAAGUGACGGAAGAUCGCAAAAGUACAAAGUGAAGUUUGAAGUUGGAACUUUUGGUGCUUGUAAACAUCCAAAGGAAGUUGUGGAGUUGUGCUGGGUCCUAAAAGCUUACUGCUUGUUACAUUUUAUUAAGCUUUUUGGAAUCUUUUUAUCAAAAUGAUAAAGGAAGGAGUGUAUGAUGGUUCUGUGUGGGAGUGGUAAGAGAAAAGAAUGGAAAAGAAAAAUGAUUAAACAUUUCUCCACUCAUUUAAAAUUAAUUUGAAGUAUGACUACAAAAAAGAUGUUUUGCAUGCAGUGUUAAAUCCCAAGUAGAUGAAAAAGAAGUCUACAACACAGCAGCUCAAUUUUAUAAAUUGAAAUUUUUAUUAAUACAAAUUUGAUGUAAUUUUAAUUUAUAAAACCUUACAGCCUAAUCUCUUGAAUAUGAAAAACUGUGCCAGUAUUUUUAAAGGCACUAAAGUCAUCUAUUGAAAUCAGGCUUACCCAAUGCAUUUCAAUUUUUUGGACACUAACUAUUCUAAAACAUUGUUAUCCACCCUUCCCUGCCCCUGGAGCAGGGUGAGAUGGUAAUUUGGGGCUGCCCUAGCCUACUUGCUCUGAGAGAUGUGUGGCUGCAAAAGUAACAUGUACCAAUCUGAAUGCCUCAUUAAGUCAACCAGGUCCAGAUGUGCUGUAAUCUGUUUUUAUGUGUGUAGGUUCAGUUCAUCUGCUUGUGGACAUAGAAGAAAGUAAGGUGGGCGCGGGGAGGUUUCCUGGCUUAUUUAAUAUGUUUGUAACCCAGUUGAAGGAAGGAAAGCAAAACCAAAACAAACAAAUAAAAAGAACCACAUUUAGGGGCUACCGUAAUCAGGUUACUGGCUUAAUCAGAAAACCUCAUUUAAUUUCUGCUAGAGAAAGUGUAUUUGCCUGUCACCGCUUUAGACAGAACAUCUACUCAAGGUUAUUGCAAUAGUUAAAGUAUAUCGUUCAUUAAAUGCUUCAUUUAUAUAUCAAAGUUUUGAUUUUGUAAGAAAAUUGCUUUUUUCCCAAAACAAGAGGAAGAUGUCUCAGGUUUGUUUUGUGGUUUAUCUAAAAGCUUUCAUGUCUCAGAACUUAGCCUUUACCUGUGAAAUGCUAUUACAGCCUUAAUAUUUUCAUAUUAGAUCUAUAUUAGAUCAGAUAGUUGCACUGCAUCAUAUAUUAAUUUGAAUGUUUUUUAGCUAUGACACAACAGUGUAAUGCAAAGGUAUGCUUUAGUACAUGUAUAUCCAAGGAUAAGUUCAUACUUAACCUUUUCUUAUUUUUGUACUUUAUCAUGUAUGCUUUUCAUAUGUACACAGCAGCUAUAAUACAUUGUUGUAACUGAAAUAGAUUUUGGGGACACAGCAUUAAUAUGUGGCUUUUACUGCUUGAUACACCAAAUUAAAAAAAAAAUUCUGUAUCUGUAAUUACCUAUGAUAGGACACCAUUUCCAAAAUAAAAAUCACUUUCAUAAUCUU